ACCUUAGCGUUUUCCGCUGAGGCUGGCAAAGGCCAGGUGGAGGUGGAGAGUUAUAAAGGGGAAAGGUAGCCAGGUGGAGAUGUUCUCUGUACCUUUAUAGUCCUGUAGGCCUCGGCCCUUUUCAUUUGUAACUACCAGCUGCUCUGCUGCACUCAGGCCUCAAACACAGAGGUCUGCCUCCUAUGGCAAGGGUACCAUGUGCAGCGUCCAUGCUGUUACUGCUGGCGCUCUACUCCCCUGGGGUGACCUCCACCCCCGCCCAACACCUGUGUGGCUCCCACCUGGUGGAUACCCUGUACUUCGUAUGUGGAGAACGGGGCUUUUUCUCCGGUCCACACCGAGCCCACAAGCGGGAUCUGGAGCAUCUGCUCGGGUUCCUGUCUAAAAGGGCCAGACAGGAGCAGCGGCUGUGGAGGGCUCUGUCUGGCCGCAAAGAGCUCAAGGUGAAGAGAGGCAUCGUGGAGCAGUGCUGCCAUAAGCCAUGCAGCAUUUACCACCUGGAGGGCUACUGCGACUGA